UGGCCACGCCUGGAGAUUUGAUACGUCAAACCUCAGCUUGGCAUUCGCUUAUCGUUUUGCACGUUUUGUCAAUCAACGUGCUGGAGCGCUGAUGCUGGUAUUGCCAAUGCAAUGGUGCUUCGAAAGCGUCUAAGAAGACAAUCUACGGGACUAUAGGUAAGUCGGCACAAAACGUUCAAAUGGGCUCACAAGAUCCUGUCACUUCACACACUCUCCCCCCCACUCUGUAUCUCGUCGUGACCAUGAAGCUAUCCAAUAUGAGACCUCUCACUGUGUGUCUUGCUGCCACUCUCGGAGCUCUAGCUGCUUCCCAAAGUUCUACUCCUGUUCAGUGUCGCGGAUCUUUCAAUGGAACCGUUGGGAAUGGUACCGUGGGCUCCGAACAGCAAAUAUCGAGUACGACCGUCCGCUUAGUCAAUGCCACCGACGCCAAUCAAGGAGUUGCCGUCGAUGGCGACCAUUUCUACUCCAUUGACAAUUUUUCCAUCACCAAGCAUAACAAGACGACCGGCGAACCGACUCUGCAAUGGUACGGUGGUGCCGACGGACCCAUCAUUCAUCUUGACGGUGGCGUUGUCAUCAACGGCACACUGUAUGCACCACAUUCCAAUUAUCCGACGGCACCAGAAACAUCAUCAGUGGAAGAAUGGAAUGUAACCACAAUGGAACACAUUCGGAGUUACUCUUUCGGCGUCAACCGUGGCAGCCUGACAUGGAUUGAUCAAGAUAGUACCGGGACGUGGUAUGGAACGUUUGCUAACUACGACCGAGUCCAGCAAGGCCAAACGCAGCCGUAUGGACUAAGCAUGAAUACUCAACUCGUGCGAUUCUCUCCUGGUCCAGAAUCGCCGUUUCAGUACAUCUCCCAAUCAUGGAUCUUUCCUGAGGAGAUGGUCUCAGAGAUUUUCUCACCAAUGUCCAAUUCCGGCGGAAGCUUCGGUCCCGAUGGGUGGCUCUACAUCACCGGUCAUGAUGCGAGCGCCGCUUACGCUGUGCAAAUCCCGUCGGCAGGUAGUGUUGUUAUCUGGGUUGCGACAGUGAGUUUGCCGGAUAUUGCAGGGCAAGGGAUCGCUUGGGAUCGAAGCAUCAAAUCUACAGUGGCCAACGGGACGCUCUACGGCAUCAGUCGAGAAAGCAGACAAGUCGUUGAGAUGAACAUACCCCUGCAGACGUGUCAACCAAAUUAUACCUUGUCUGUGGGAAACGUCUAUGGUCCAGGAAGAUUUGUUGAUCCCGACGCCGAGUAGUUUGGACUAUCUAUGCUGGACGACGCCGUAAAUAGUG